AUGGAUGGAUGGAUGGACAGACGAGCGAACGGACGGACGGACGGACGGACGGACGGACGGACGGAUGGACGGAUGGACAGACGGAUGGAUGGAUGGAUGGAGGAAGGAAAGAAUUGGAUGGAUGGAUGGAUGGAUCAUCGAAUUCAACGUUUCAAGCUGAGCAUUGCCAGUGAGAUGGUGUUAAUUGGUAUGAUUGAUGAAAAUGGUACGGUAUUGCAUGUUGCAAAAUGA